GGCUGUCGUAAGCAAAAGAGUUGAGAAAUGUGUUUCCACCGAACACACAAAAAAAAAACAUGAUCCUAGCUAGCUCAAAGUGGCUGGCUGCUGUUCUUGUAAUAAUAGAUAAAAAUUGAAUCUUUCGACUAAAAAAAAAGUUCUUCUUCUUCUUCUUCUUCUUAUGUAGGAGGAGACAACAAAAUCCUCACUCUGUUCGAAAAUGUCACCGAAUCUUCUUCUUCUUCUUCUUCUCUUAUUGAUGUUCUUUUCUUUAUCUAUCACUUCGUCUCUGUCAUCUCCGUCACCGGCUGAUUCUCCUCCUUAUCUAUGGCCGUUGCCGGCGGAGUUUUCGUUCGGAAACGAGACCCUCUCGGUGGAUCCCGCCGUGGCUCUAAUCGUAGCUGGGCAUGGCGGUGGAUCUCCGAUUGUUAGAGCUGCGUUCGAGAGGUAUAUGGGGAUGAUCUUUAAACACGCCUCUGGUAGAGCUUCUCUGUUGGCCAGGAUCAGGUUUCUGAGAAUGGUUGAGUAUGAUAUCACUUCUUUGAAGAUCGUUGUUCACUCUGGUUCCGAGGAGCUUCAAUUGGGUGUGGAUGAGAGUUACACAUUGAUGGUUUCGAAGAAGGAUGAGCAAUCCAUUGUUGGAGCAGUCACGAUCGAGGCUAAUACAGUCUAUGGUGCUCUUAGAGGAUUGGAGACAUUUAGCCAAUUGUGUGCCUUUGAUUAUUUAACCCAAUCUGUGCAAAUAUAUAAAGCACCCUGGUAUAUUCAAGACAAGCCUAGAUUCCAAUACCGUGGCCUGCUAAUAGAUACGUCAAGACAUUAUUUGCCAAUUGAUGUUAUUAAGCAAAUAAUUGAAUCAAUGUCCUUCGCUAAACUUAAUGUCCUGCAUUGGCACAUUGUAGACGAGCAAUCAUUCCCUCUUGAAACUCCAACAUAUCCUAAUUUGUGGAAAGGAGCUUAUUCAAGAUGGGAACGUUAUACUGUUGAGGAUGCUUCUGAAAUUGUCAGAUUUGCCAAAAUGAGAGGUAUUAAUGUCAUGCCUGAAGUAGAUGUCCCUGGCCAUGCGGAAUCGUGGGGGACUGGAUACCCUGAUCUUUGGCCCUCUCUGUCUUGCCGAGAGCCCCUUGACGUUACUAAAAAUUUUACAUUCGAUGUGAUUUCUGGCAUUUUGGCAGGUCUACUCCAAAACAAAUUAAUCUUGAGAUCCGGCAAAAAGUUAUUAGAUAUGAGAAAGAUAUUCCCAUUUGAGCUAUUCCACUUAGGUGGUGAUGAAGUUAAUACGGAUUGCUGGAAAAACACAACUCAUGUUAAAGAAUGGCUUCAGGGUCGCAACUUCACGACUAAGGAUGCAUAUAAAUACUUUGUACUCCGAGCGCAACAGAUAGCCAUAUCGAAAAAUUGGACACCUGUCAACUGGGAAGAAACCUUCAGUUCCUUUGGAAAAUAUCUUGAUCCUCGGACUGUGGUGCACAAUUGGCUAGUGUCUGAUAUAUGUCAAAAAGCUGUAGCAAAAGGAUUCAGAUGCAUUUUCAGUAACCAAGGAUAUUGGUACCUUGACCAUCUAGAUGUUCCGUGGGACGAGGUUUAUAACACCGAGCCUCUACAUGGGAUCAAUGAGACUUCUCAUCAAAAGCUUGUAAUUGGAGGAGAAGUUUGCAUGUGGGGUGAAACAGCUGAUACAUCCGUUGUCCUUCAGACUAUAUGGCCACGUGCUGCAGCAGCUGCAGAACGGAUGUGGAGCACCAGAGAGGCUGUGUCAAAGGGGAACAUAACGUUAACCGCAUUGCCACGUCUACACUACUUCAGAUGUCUACUGAAUAACCGUGGGGUUCCAGCGGCUCCAGUCGAUAACUUUUACGCGCGAAGACCGCCCUCGGGACCUGGCUCUUGCUAUGCUCAGUGAUCCAAAACAUUUCUUCUCAUUGUAUAUGUAAUGUCUCUCUUUGUCUGAAAUAUGGUUGUUGCAUUUGUUAUUCUUAACUGUGUGCUUCUCUUAAUUACUCAAAUCAAAGUUGGCUUUCCUUUUUGUUUUC